AUGGGAAGAUCGCGAAGUAGAUCACGCUCAUCGAGUCGUCGGAACAGGACCAAACACAAAAAAUUGGCUCGCUCGCCAUCCCCUUCUUAUGAGGAGGAUCGUAGAAAAAAUAAUAAACACAGCAGUAACAUUAAUAAUAGUAGAAGACAUGACAGUACCAGAUCUAGAGAUAAAAGAAAGAUCAAGUCGAUUACUGUGAGUAGCAGUUCUGACAGCGAUAGUGAUGUUAACAUUAAUAGGCGUAUCGAGGAGGCCAGGAAGAGAGAUGAGGAGAGGAAAUGGCUUGAAACAGAAAGAAAACGACUUGCACGACAGAAAGAAAUGGAAGAGAAGUACAUAGAAGAGGAGGUAGCUCGUCGGGUUGAGGAACUCGUGGCCACCAGAGUGGCCGAGGAAUUGGAAAAAAGGAAGGAUGAGAUCGACAGGGAGGUGAUGAGGAGAGUUGAGGAGGCUAAGGCCAUCCUUGAAAGACAGAUUCUAGAAAACUUUGAGAAGCAAAGACAGGCUGAGAUAGAGGCCCAGAGGUUGAAGGAGGAGGAAGAGCAAAGGAAAAGAGAUGAGCUGGAGAAUAUUAUGAAGGAAAACAAUAGGAAAAUCGAAGAGGCCCAAAGAAAACUGGCUGAGGAACAGCUGAAAUUAGUUGAGGAUCAGAGGAGGAUACUGGAAGAAAGGCAGCGGAUAGAGGACAUCGAACGAAAAAAAUCCAGGAUGGAACAGGAAAUCAUACUGAAUAAGAAAAAUGCUCGACCGCGUCUUUCGUUUUCACUUGGAAAACCUUCUUAA